CAGUUCAGACAUUUCUGCUACCACGAAGCCAAAGGACCCCGAGAGGUUUGCAACCAACUCCAUCAUCUUUGCCGCCAGUGGCUGAAGCCAGAGCAACACACAAAGAAUCAGAUGCUUGACCUGGUCAUCCUGGAGCAGUUCCUGGCUGUCCUCCCCCCAGAGAUGCAGAGCUGGGUAAGGGAGUGUGGGGCAGAGACCAGCUCCCAGGCGGGUGGCCCUGGCUGAAGGUUUUCUCCUGAGCCAGGCAGAGGACAGGAAGCAGGAACAGCAACAGGGUCAGGAUCUGCUUGCAAAAUGGGCACUGAUUUCCCUGAGAUGGAGAUGAUUCCAUUGGACAGCAGACAGAGGCCACUAGGUGACUGGAUGAUGCUGGCAGGACCUCCUCAGCCAUCUCCUCUUCACAGUGGAGGGGAAGCAGCUUCUGUGGCACUGAAACAGAGUCCAGCAUCCUUCGAGGAUGUGGCUGUGCAUUUCACAGAUGAGGAAUGGGCACUGCUGGAUCCUGACCAGAGAGCUCUGCAUACAGAAGUCAUGGAGGAGACCUGUGGGAUCUUUGCCUCUCUUGACGGUGGAGAAUUGGAAAGCAGAAAUAAGAGAAACUGCUACGAAAUCUAUACAGUGGGGGAGCCAUAUAAAUAUUGGGAGUGUGGAGAGAGCUUCAGUCAGAGCUCCCUUCAAAUAAUUCAUACAGGGGAGAAACAAUUUCCGUGCUUGGAAUGUGGAAAGAACUUCAUUCGGAGCGAUCAUCUCACUUCCCAUCAAAGAAUUCACACAGGUGAGAGACCAUAUCAAUGCUUGGAAUGUGGAAAAAGCUUCAGGUUGAAACAUAAUCUCACUUCCCACCAAAGAAUUCAUACCGGGAGGAAACCGUUUCAGUGCUUAGAAUGUGGAGAGAGCUUCCGCUGGAAGAGAAGUCUCACUUCCCAUCAAGGAAUUCAUACAGGGGAGAAACCAUACGAAUGUUUAGAAUGUGGAAAAAGCUUCAGUCGGAGACACCAUCUCACUUCCCACCAAAUGAUUCACAGUGGGGAGAAGCCCUAUCAGUGCUUGGAAUGUGGGAAAUGCUUCAGCCAGAGUUCACAUCUCACGACCCAUCAAAUCAUUCACAGCAAGGAGAAACCAUUUCACUGCUUGGAAUGUGGAAAGAACUUCAGUCGGAGCAGCCAUCUCAUCCUCCAUCAAAUGAUUCAUACAGGAGAAAAACCAUAUCAGUGCUUGGAAUGUGGAAAGAGCUUCCGCUGGAAGGAAAGCCUCACUUCCCAUCAAAGAAUUCACACCGGGGAGAAGCCAUAUCAGUGCUUGGAAUGUGGAAAGUGCUUCAGUCGGAGCAGCAGUCUCUGUUACCAUCAAAGAAUUCACACAGGGGAGAAGCCAUAUCAGUGUUUGGAGUGUGGGAAGAAUUUCAGUCAGACCUCCCAUCUGUAUUCACAUCAAAGGAUUCACACAGAGGAGAAACAAUUUCAGUGCUUGGAAUGUGGUAAAACCUUCAACUUUAAGAAAAACCUCACUUCCCAUCAAAGAACUCACACAGGGCAGAAACAAUAUAAAUGCUUGGAAUGUGGAAAGUGCUUCAAAGACAGUGAGAGUCUCAGUUCCCAUCAAAAAAGUCAUACAGGGGAGAAACCAUUAGGACAGACUGAAAUUGACAGAAGACCAAGGAACUCCUUUGGACAUCUUGGAGGCUUUCUUGGGGCACAGAUGGAUGAGCAAAACUCAGCUGGCCCUGAAGCAGGAAGAGGCCACAGUGCCAUCAAACCAGGGAACUCUGAAGUAUUCUGGAAAACCUCAGUGCAGGAGGUCCUGGGUGAGGAUACCCUCAGUUCUGAUGUGCAGCGACAGCAGUUCAGACAUUUCUGCUACCACGGAGCCAAAGGACCCCGAGAGGUUUGCAACCAACUCCACCAUCUUUGCCGCCAGUGGCUGAAGCCAGAGCAACACACAAAGAAUCAGAUGCUUGACCUGGUCAUCCUGGAGCAGUUCCUGGCUGUCCUCCCCCUGGAGAUGCAGAGCUGGGUGAGGGAGUGUGGGGCAGAGACCAGCUCCCAGGCGGUGGCCCUGGCUGAAGGUUUCCUCCUGAGCCAGGCAGAGGACAGGAAGCAGGAACAGCAACAGGGACACGAUCUGCUUGCAAAAAUGGACACUGAUUUCGCUGAGAUGGAGAUGAUUCCAUUGGACAGCAGACAGAGGCCACUAGGUGACUGGAUAAUGCUGGCAGAACCUCCUCAGCCAUCUCCUCUUCACAGUGGAGGGGAAGCAGCUUCUGUGGCACCGAAACAGGGUCCCGCAUCCUUCGAGGAUGUGGCUGUGCAUUUCAUGGACGAAGAAUGGGCACUGCUGGAUCCUGACCAGAGAGCUCUACAUACGGAAGUCAUGGAGGAGACCUGUGGGAUCCUGGCCUUACUUGAAGGUGGUGAAUUGGAAAGCAAGACUAAGGGAGACUACUACAAAAUCUAUACAGUAGGGGCGCCAUGUAAAUAUUGGGAGUGUGGACAGAGUUUCCACCAGAGCUCCCUUCAAGGAAUUCAUAAAGGGGAGAAACAAUAUCAGUGCUUGGAAUGUGGAAAGACCUUCAGUCGGAGUGACCAUCUCACUUCCCAUCAAAUAAUUCAUACAGGCAACAGACCAUAUCAAUGUCUGGAAUGUGGAAAAAGCUUUAGCUUGAAACAUAAUCUCACUUCCCACCAAAGAAUUCAUACAGGGAGGAAACCAUAUCAGUGCUUGGAGUGUGGGGAGAGCUUCCGCUGGAAGAAAAGUCUCACUUGCCAUCAAGGAAUUCAUACAGGAGAGAAGCCAUACGAAUGCUUAGAAUGUGGGAAAAGCUUCAUCCAGAAGGAAACUCUCACUUCCCACCUAAAAAUUCAUACAGGGGAGAAACCGUAUCAGUGCUUAGAAUGUGGAAAAUGUUUCAGUCGGAGAGAUCACCUCACCUCCCACCAAAUGAUUCACAGUGGGGAGAAGCCCUAUCACUGCUUGGAAUGUGGAAAGAACUUCAGUCAGAGUUCCCAUCUCAUAACCCAUCAAAGAAUUCACAGCAAGGAGAAACCAUUUCACUGCUUGGAAUGUGGAAAGAGCUUCAGUCGGAGCAGCCAUCUCAUGUCCCAUCAGAUGAUUCAUACAGGAGAGAAACCAUAUCAGUGCUUGGAAUGUGGGAAGAGCUUCCGCUGGAAGGAAAGUCUCACUUCACAUCAAAGAAUUCAUGCAGGAGAGAAACCAUAGAAGCUGUAGAAGCUGGGAGUCAGUGGACCUGGCAGGGCUGCUAAGAAGUAACAGAGGUGUGCUGCAAGUAGUCAUUGACAGCCUCCUCCAUGAAUUUAUCCAAUCCCCUUUUACAAACAUAUGAGUUGAUGGCUUUCAAUACUUCUUGUGGGUAGGGGUGAAUUCCACAGUUUAAAUGUGUCCACCAUCGGCCUUCCUGCUGUUUUGAACAUCUGUGUGUCCUUGAAGGAAAGGAGGGCAGCUGGUGAGUGGUCGUGGCAGCAUGGUAGUUUUAGGCCUGGGGUGCCAUGGUUACCUCCUGAGAUCCUGCCACCACCACACAUAUGACUAAACCAGGGAUAAGGGACCUGUGGCCCCCUAGUUCUUGUUGAGCUCCUGCCCACCUAGCAGUUCGAAAGCACGUCAAAGUGCAAGUACAGUCAUACCUUGGGUUAAAUAUACUUCAGGUUGAGUGUUUUCAGGUUAUGCUCCACGGUGACCCGAAGUAACGGAAUGCAUUACUUCCGGGUUUCGCCACUUGCGCAUGCUCACAUACUCAAAAUGACAUCACGCGCAUGCGCGGAAGUGUCGAAUCAUGACCCGUGC